CAAAAACCCUAAUUUUUCGUAUCUUCUCACUCAAUCACUUUCUUUAUGAAAAUACUGAAAGAUCUAGGGUUUGGGAUAACAAUCAUGUUUAGAGAAUUUGAAGGAAUCAAGAAAAGAAGUAUCGCAAUGGUGACUGCGAAGGGAAAAUUCGCUGCCGGUUUGAACCGUGUUGGCGAUGAUAGUCGCGCUUCCAAAAGUGUGGGUGUUAGAAAUUUGAAGGUUUAUGUGGAAAGUGAAGCAGCUAAAGCUGAUGCUGAUGGCAACGAGGGGAAAUCUGUAAUUGCUAGUAAAAGGGCUAAUCUGACUAGUGUGCGGGGUGUGAAUAAUAUGGAGAAGAGCAAAGGCAAACUAAUUAGCUCUGCAAGUACAAAUGUCAGAAGAAAAGCGCUUGCUGAUGUCAGCAAUGCCCAGGGAAACUCUUCAAGGAAGGCAAUGCCGGUUGGCCUUAAGCUUACGAAAAGUAAAAGUGAAAGAACAUCUUUGCAACGGGUUUCCAUGGGUCCAGGUGGAAGGACUAUAAAUGUAUCCUCAAGGAAAUCCUUUACGGGCAAAAUGCAGGAAAAUGUAAGUCAAGGUGUUGGUGAUGUACACACUUCCAAGAGAGAUUCUUUCAGGAACAAGACCAUGGGUCAAAGCCGUGAUUCUGUUGUUACCAACGACAGGAGGACCAUAAGAACUUCUCUUAUAUCAAAUAGGAAGUCUUUACCGGUGCUAAAGAGGGUGACCCAGGCACAGGCAAAUAUCCAAAAGGAAAAUGCUGAAAGUUCUGACAAGGGCAAAGAAAGAAGUGGAUAUCCAGUUCCUAAAGCUGGCAAGAAAGUAGCAUCCCGGAUAAACAAUAGGAGCCAUCUUUGGCAGAAUCGAAUGAGUGAUGGCUUCCUAAUAAUGGGCAAAACUAAUGUAGAGGCUCACGCAUUGACAAGAAAAUCUGUGAGGCCAACUGUGAAGACCACACUCCAGGCUACCCUAGCUCAAAGGACUUUAAAAUCCAAGAACAUAUUAAAUAUUAACAAGUCAACAUCUGUUGCUGCAAUCUCCUCUAAGAACAAGGAGGAAGCAGUGACAUCUUCUAUUUCUGAGAAUGCUGCAGUUGUGGUUCCAUAUGAAGCUACUCAAGGAAAGCUUCCAUCUGCUGGUGCUGCAGUUGUGGUUCCACAGGAAGUUACUCAAGGACAGCUUCCAUCUGAUGGCAAUGCCAACCCAAGUACUGUAUCGGAUGUCAUUCCCAAGAAAUCGAAACGGAGGAGAUCUUAUACAUCUUUAUUGAUGGCAGGAUCAAAGUUACUGGAGGACUGCGGUGAAGUUAUGAAGCUGGAAAAGCUACCAAAUAUUGAUGACAAUUGCAAUCAACUAGAAGUUGCUGAAUAUGUUGAUGAGAUCUAUCAGUACUAUUGGGUUACAGAGGCACAGAAUCCAUCAAUGGAAAAUUACAUGUCAAUUCAGACAGACAUUACAGCUCAUAUGCGGGGCAUAUUGAUCAAUUGGUUAAUUGAGGUACACUUCAAAUUUGAUUUGAUGCAAGAAACUCUAUAUCUCAUGGUGACAUUGUUAGACAGAUAUCUCUCACAAGCUUCAGUAAAGAAGAAUGAAAUGCAGUUGGUUGGUCUUACUGCACUCUUGCUAGCAUCAAAAUAUGAAGACUUUUGGCAUCCAAGGGUCAAGGAUUUAAUCAGCAUCUCAGCCGAGUCGUACACAAGAGAUCAAAUGCUUGCAAUGGAGAGGCUCAUUCUUAAGCAAUUGAAGUUUCGUCUUAAUGUGGCUACUCCUUAUGUGUUCAUGUUAAGGUUUCUUAAGGCUGCUCAGUCAGACUCAAAGCUUGAACACCUGGCAUUCUACCUCAUUGAGCUCUGCUUAGUUGAACAUGAAUCUCUUAAGUUUAAGCCCUCAUUGCUAUGUGCAUCAGCUCUCUAUGUUGCAAGGUGUACCCUGCACAUGACUCCAGCUUGGACCCCUCUGAUUUGCAAACAUGCACGCUAUGAAGAGUCCCAACUCAGGGAUUGCGCACAGAUGAUCAUAAGAUCCCAUAAAGCUGCUGGAAAAGGACAGUUGAGAGUCUCAUAUGAGAAGUACAUGAGGCCUGAUCUCAGUGGUGCUGCAGCAAUAAAACCUUUAGAUAGGCUUCCUCUUUGAUUUGACUUGUGUGGAUAGCUUCUCUCUGUAAUUAGAUCAGCAAAACCUAAUGAUACUGGAAAAUAUGCAGUUAUGCAGGAAGAUCUACUUAAUUUCAUCCUUGAAGUAUUAUCUCAUAGCAAUUUUACAAAAUUGAGGAAAUAGACCUCCGCUGGUUGUUAAUCUUGGACAUUCUCCAAAUUAUUUCUUGGAAGCGCCUUGAUUUGCCAGCUGCCGCCGCCCAUGUAUUGUGGUUGAUAUUUCUAUUUUGUGUUCAUGGUAAAAUUGGUGUUGAUUUUCAUUAUAGUUCACAUAUCAAGAUACUUGUUGUAAGUUUGCAUCUUGUGCUCUAGCCAAGUUACUUGUAACUUUGCAUGUUGUACUCUAGCAUUAUCACCAUUGCUAAUCAAUGAUGCGUUAUGCAUUUCAGUUC